AUGAAAUUUUCAAUUCCUGAAAUUUCAUGGCACAAUAGGGAUCCUGUUUUAAGUGUUGACUUUCAGCCGAGGUGUAAAGCGAACGAGCCAUUACGACUUGCAACAGGAGGAGCGGAUACUCAUAUCCUAAUAUGGUAUUUAAAAAUAACAGCUUCAGGAUCUGUUAACUUAGAAGUGGCAGCAGAUCUUACAAGACAUCAAAAAGCAGUAAAUGUAGUAAGGUGGUCUCCAAAUGGAGUGUACUUGGCCUCUGGUGAUGAUGAAUCUAUUAUUUUUGUAUGGAAACAAAAAAUGGAAGAGCUCACAGCCUCUUUGGAGGGUGAAGAACAAUAUAAAGAGUCUUGGGUUAUACAUAAGACCUUAAGAGGACAUAUGGAAGACAUUCUAGACAUAAGCUGGAAUAGUUCAUCAACACAACUUGCUUCAGGCUCUGUAGAUAAUAAACUAAUGGUGUGGGAUGUUGAACGAGCCAGAUACAGUUCCAUAGUGACUGAUCAUAAAGGUUUUGUCCAAGGAGUUGCUUGGGAUCCCAAAGGACAGUUGAUAGCUACAGCGAGUACUGAUAGGGUAUUCCGCACAUUUGAUGUGUCAACAAAAAAAGUGGUAUCUCGGAGUAGUAAAGCAAUUCUACCUUUCCCAAAAGAGCACCCUCUCCAUGGCACUAAUGUAAGACUCUAUUAUGAUGACACUCUGCAGACAUAUUACAGAAGAUUGAAUUUUAGCCCUGACGGACUGCUUAUAGCUGUGCCAGCUGGCAGGAUUGAACCAGAGCAGGGCAAAUUGGAUGUGAAGCCUAUCAAUGCUGUUUACAUUUACACAAGAUAUUCAUUGAAAGUGCCCGCGUGCGUGGUGCCGUGCGGCGAGCCGGCGCUGGCGGCGCGCUGGGCGCCGGUGGGGCUGCGCGCGCGCGCCGGGGCGCCGCCGCCGGCCUGGCGCCUGCCGCGCCGCCGCCUGCUGGCCGUGGCCACGCGCCGCUCGCUGCUGCUCUACGACACGCAGCAGAAGACGCCCGUUGCCCUCAUAUCUAACAUGCACUAUACCAGGUUAACAGACCUUACGUGGUCUCCUGACGGACGCAUCCUGGUUGCCUCCAGCACUGAUGGGUUCUGUUCCGUUAUAUCUUUUGAAGAAGGUGAGCUGGGAGAAGUGCUCCCUGACGAAACUGAAGAAUCAUACACAGAACCCAUGGAAGUGAAUGAUGAAGCACAGAACGAUAAAAAACCACAGGAGGAAGAACCAAAACCUAUAGAAGUUAAACAUAAGUCUAAAAUGGAUUCAUUCAUUAAGUUCAAAACGCCAACUGAAAAAUCACCUAAAAAAGCAAAAAUUGAGAAAAAAGAUCAAAAAACUCCAGUCAAAAUAGAUGUGUUUAUUGAAACAGCCAUGCCUUCCUGGUCAGACAAUUCCAGUAACGAUAUCAUCAAACCCAGCUCAGAACCAAUGGAGAUAGAUAAAAAAGAUGAAAUAACAGUCAUAGAAGACAGUGAAGAUAUCAAAUUAGUGUAUGAUGAAACCGAAGGAACAAAGUCGGAAAGCCAGUCACCAAAACAUAAAAACAAGUCUCCCGAAGCACAAAAACAAAGUAAUGAAGAUAAUAAGAGCAAAGAUAUUUCUCCUACUUCAAGCAAUUUUCUAAAACAAGCCAAAGUGACUGAUAUCAAACAACCGGUAACAUUAAAAUCAGCACCAAGCCCUAAAGCCCCGAGGCGAGUCAACUUUGUCACAUUGUCCAGCCCUAAGAACAGUAAGAAAAAA